AUGGCUGCCUCCGCUCUCUCCACCAGCGGGUUGAUCGAUCCAACAAAACAAGCCGAGUAUCCUAUUGUGCUGGGUGACAGACUCGCUGGCAAGGGCGCAUCAGACUCCCAGCUAGUCAACAUUCAAUUUAACUACAAAACCAAAUCUGCGACCGCCCGAUCUAAAAUUUCUCGAUCAAGGCAGUCUCGGGAUCGUUACAAUCUGACGAUCACGGAUAAAGCACCAAAUGCCGAGCAGAAUGUGCUGACCUACACCUAUCAAGGCAGUGUAGAUCCGGCACAAGCUGCGCUGGAAUCUCGUGAACAUAAUCUUGUCCUGGUAUUUGACGCCAAUCGGAAAGUGUUCGUACUAGAACCAGUAACGACACAGCUCAACUUUAAUCUUCAGUCAGCCCCAGCGAAGUCACACAAGCAGGUCCUUGAACAAUAUGAGCAACUACGAACGUUGCAGGAGGAAGACCAUGGUUCGGGUGACGAUCGGGCGUCUGACAAUGCCAGUGGUAAUGAUGACGGUCCGGCGGAUGACAACAACCCUUUUGAUUUUCGUCAUUUUCUUCCAAAGGAGAACGCCGAUGACGACAAAUCUGCUUCAGAGACCAGUGUGGGCAAAGCUGCGACACCAUUGAUGACUGCUGUUAAACCCACUCCGAGUCCCAAGCCCGUGCCGGACAAGCAGAAGCAGCGGGAACCACUGCUCCGGAAAAAGGAGCGAGCAGAGGCUGUCAGGCUCCCGAAGUCCACACCGACAAAAGCACCCCCGAAGUCUCCGGCACGAAUCGAACGCAAGGGAACCGACCGGAAGGUCGUUAAAGAGGAUGACGUGCGGGUGAGCACAGCGAAGCCCCCGCCGGCUGAGACUGGCUUGGGAUUGGUCUCGUCCCAGGUAACCGAGCCUUCGCCGGGGUCAAAUAUCAUCAUCGACGGUGACUUGAUCAUCGAAAUGGGCUCGCCGCGGCCCUCGAGAAUCGACACGACCUACUUCUCCGAUACGCACACACCGGCCAGUGACGAUCACGAGGAGGAAGAUGAUGAAGAUGUUGAUCAUCUCCGACUUCCUUCACCAGCCCGCCACGGGAAAGCGCCUGCAGUUCGCGAGCCUGUCUCUGCGCCGCUCGUGGAUGAAGAUGAGCUGGAUGACGAUGAUGCCCUAGCCGCUGAGAUGGAGGCGGCCUUUGAAGAAAGUGCGCGGGAGGAAGAAGAGGCACGUAGCCACCAGUCGCAGCCACCAUACUCGUCGCAUCUGUACCACGCACCUAGUGAGGAUGAGAGCGAGUCUCAUAUGCACACGAUGGCCUCUCCACGCGGCCACCGUCCGGGUCCCAGGCCUGUUCCUGCGCCUUCGAAUACCUGGCUCUUCACCGAUGAAGAGCUCAUGCGAACGCCGUCACAGCUCGAUGGGAUGAAGAUGGAGGCGGAAAAUACCUCCCGCAGCAAGGGCGUGAAUUUCAUCUCCCAGGUGGGUAUCAUGCUCAAGCUGCCGCAACUCACGCUUGCGACGGCCGCCGUCUACCUCCAUCGUUUCUUCAUGCGAUACAGUAUGGUCGAUCUGCCGCAACGACCUGGAAUGCACCCCUACCCCAUCGCUGCUACGGCACUGAUGAAGGAGCUUGUGAAGCAGCCGAAUCUGGUGGUUGACGAGCAGUCCAAAGAGUUUUGGAAAUGGCGCGACACGAUCCUCGUCAACGAGGAUACCCUCCUGGAGGCGCUGUGCUUCGACCUGCAGCUGGAAGAGCCGUAUCGCAUCCUUUACGAAUUCCUGCUGUUCUUCAACGUGGCCGAUAACAAACAGAUGCGCAAUGCGUCAUGGGCCUUUUUCACCGCUCGCAACAUCGCCGCCGCCGCGCUGUACGCCGCCGCCAAGCAUUGCGACGUCGGGUUUGAAGACGACGAACUCGGUCGGCCCUGGUGGGAGCAAAUCGAUGUGGACAUCCAGGAGGUGCGUCGUACGCACAAUGCCUUGCAAAGAAAUACGUACUAUCUGUCCGCCCCCACCGCGAUCCCGCGCGCGGGCGGUACGACAGAGCCCGCGCCAGGAACAGACCCCGUCAAUGGGCGCAAGCGGUCCAGGGAGCCCGAAGAGCAGACUCACGACCGCACCCUGCACGAAUCGACUACACAGAAUGGUACACGGUCGCCGAAGCGCCAGCGGAGGGAAGCGGAAGGCGUCGUGGCCGAGAGAGGCCCUGCGCAUGAAUCCUCGACUCCACCGUCAUCCCAAGACCGACACCACGGCAACGGUCACGUUCCUGCGGGACAACUCCCGCCGCCUCCCCAUCACUCACAAUCACGCCAUCCGCAUCCUCUGCCCCCUGCCCCUCGACCGUUCCCUCGCCGUGAUAGCGCCAGCCGGGGAAGUAAGCCGGGGCAACCGGUGGAUCCGAUCCAGCAACGGAUCGACGAGAUUGUACAACAGAACAUGUCCUCCCACGGGUCUCCGAGCUCUGCUAGAUCUGAGCGACGGCCAAUAGACCAAUCAGACGAGCGCAGAAGACGCCCGUCUGCUGGUGGCAGGAAGCCAUCCUACGAAGAGCAUUCGAACCACUCCCGUGCACCACCUCCACCUGCUCCUCCACCCCCUCCUCCGCCACCUCCUCCGGAAGAAGCCCGGCCACCGUCACCGGAACCAACGAAAGCCGUUGAAAAUGAUGAUGAGGGCGGAGGGAGUGAGGAGGGCGAGCUUUGA